UCUGUUGAAUGUUCGAAUGUGUGAAUAUAAAACCAACUUUACCUCGGUUCUUUAGUGACCAUAGAGUUGGGACACCCAUUUAAAGUCCCAUCUUCAAUUUUAUUGAGGAACAUUCCAUUGUUAGUUAGUACUUCAACAUUAUCAAAAUGAAAUGAAUGUUGUAAAAGUGUAUGGUAUAAAUUACAGCAGCGUUUCUUAAAGAAUGGGUCGCAGCGGACCUGUUAAUGGUGAGUCGCCACGUAAAUGUAUAAUUAUUUUCAUUAAUUACUGGAAUUUAUUUGGCCAAGUGCAACUGCGCUCUCUGCUUAGCAGCGGUCUCUGCUCAGUUUGGCGGCUGCGCGAGUGGGAGAGGUAGAGGGAGAUGCCCGUGUUCUUCGCGGUUUACCGGAUAUUUUUUCUGCAGUUUUGUUGAAGAUCACUCCGCGACCCACACGCUGCAGCGCUGUCGUUCAUGCCACUGACUUAUUAUUCCCACUCGCCAUCACUCACCGCUGUCACGAAAUGGACUCAUGCUAGCCACAAGUUCUGACUGAGCUCAAUCGUCAUGAAACGCAAAUACAGUGAUUACUUUUUGUCUCAUUCAUACAAACUUUGAGAAAUAACGAGGAGCGCCCACAAUGUGUUUUGUGUGGGGAAGUGCUUAGAAAUUAGUCUCUCAUAACGAACAAAUUAAUAAAACGACACGACCAAACAUCCAGGCACAACAUGACGGUAAACCCAGGGAGUUCUUUCAGAACAGGGCAGAAUGCUUCAGGAAACAGUGCUUCGAUUUUUUGCAAGAUCAGUUGUCUUGAACAAACUGAUGUUGGAAGUAGGACACUUCCGAGUUGAUUUGAACGCGGCAUAAGAACGGCGUCGCUGUAUCUCUCUAAUGUCAUCAUCUCUUUGUGGCAAGCUAUGGACACUGAAAAGAGCUCCAAUAUGGUGAAGGAGUUUGAGAGUGUGGAGCUGGGAGACAUGGGGAUGAAGAAGCAGAAGGUGCCCCGUAGAACGAUUUACUUUGCCAGUGGCGAGACCAUGGAGGAAUACAGCACAGAUGAAGAUGAGGAAGUGCAAGUUUCUAUCGCUGUUAAGACCUCAGCUGACCCGUCCAAGUUGAAUUGGGGUCCAUACUUUUGGUUUCACAUUUGGAGAGUGGCAACCUCCACUAUUACAGUUUGUGACUAUCUUGGGGAGAGAAUGGCUUCAUUGUUCGGAAUUACCUCACCCAAGUACCAGUAUGCUAUUGACGAGUACUACAGAAUGAAAAAGGAGGAGGAUGAGGAGGAGGAGGAGAACCGGCUGUCUGAGGAGGCAGAACGUCGUUUUGAGGAGCACAACCAGGAGAUCCAGCAGCCAGCCAUGGAGCAGCCGGAGGGCAAAGCCUCCUUCGUCAGCUUCGAGCUGGAUCAAGAUCUCACACCUGAUGCCAACAGAUGUCCUGCCCCCAUCCCCACCUAACAGUUCAAUUAAAUAGGUGUUUCCAUUUUUCUCAUUUCCCGAUGUUGCCUGCUCAGACUUUUUUUUUUUGCUACAGCAUAGAAUUCUUAUUUUUAUCAUAUUGAUUGAUAUUGAUUUAAUGAUGUAUCCUCAACAUUUUUUCAAUGUACUUUUCUUAUUUUUGCCUAAAUGAUCAUGUUCUAUGUAAGUCACGGAUUUAAAAAUAUAUGUACAUUUUUUAGUUGCUGCGUUGUAAAUAUGCAUGAACUUUUGUGUGCAAUGAACAUUGCUGUGCUGUGUGUCAGUGACAAUGAAUGAGCACACGGAUGAUAUCUGAUGCUGAUUUUAACUAUUUGCAGGUUUAAGAAAGGUCUUUGAUUUAUUUUUUCAGGUUACACAAUAAGUUAGCAGCUAUUUUCAGCCAGUUAGCGGCGAUAAGUUACCUUUUUCUAAAACCAUUCCAGAUGUGCACAAUGUUAUAGGAAUAGUAAAGAUUUAUUUGAAUGGAAAAUUAUUUAUAUUAAUGACCAACCAUGAAAAUCUAUUUAUUUCAGAAUGCCCACAAUUAUGUUACUAUGAGAAGUUAUGCACAGUGCUUUUCAGAGUCCAUCACUUUAAUGUUGUGAUCUGUCCCCAGGCCUUUCCUGUAAUAACUUCACACGUUGCUCAUUGGCAUCUGUGCGAAGACUUUAGACAUUACUGUUGUCCAGGGCCGUAUAUUAGAAAUACAGUGAGCUCCAAAAGUAUUGGGACAGUGAUUAUUUGUUGUUUUGGCUCUGUACUCCAGCACUUGGAAAUUGAAAUUAUACAAUGACUGACUUUUUGUACAUGGUCCCCUAAAAUUGGGGAAUUAAAAGUAUUGGGACAAAUUCACCAAUGUAUUUGGUCUGAUAUUCCUAACACAAAUUGGGCACAAAAUAAUCUGAAACACAAACAAAACAGCAAAUGACUCCAACGAGUUUGUAGAGUCAUAUGCUUGAUGUAAUCAUUGUGUGCUAAGAAUAUGGGACCAAAUAAACUUUUGACAACUUUGAAUCACAAGUGAAUUUGUCACAAUACUUUUGGGCCCCUAAAAUGGGGGGGGAGACCAUGUACAAAAAGUGCUGUCAUUUCUAAACGGCUCAUAUGGAUGAAAAUACCUUCAAAUUAAAGCUGACAGUCUGCAUCGAAAGUGCUGUAGUACAUAGCCAAAACAUGUGUCACUGUCCCUAUCCUUUUGGAGCGCACUGUAUCUCUGCUAGAGCUGAGCUUAUCUGCUAUUGUCCCUUCUCAGUGUACAGGGCUUGAGAGGGAUGCCUAAGGUAAAGUCAAACAUGAUAAAUUAAUGUUAAAAUCUGCUACUCUCUUUUGGAAUGCAGUAUUGUCAAGAUAACUACUUUUUACCGUGUAUAAGAUUGCCCAAAGAGUUUGAAAUGCCAAGAGACACUUUAUUAAGACAGAUGUUAAACAAUUUAUUUUCCCACCCUACUGUACUAUGUACACACAAGGAAAGAAAAUCUUAAGAGUCCAACAUACUGAAGAAAACAAAUAUUUUCUAAUUUAUUAAUGUAAACCGGUUUCAUUUGAAAGCUUUUUAUAAUAAUUUGUGUAAAAUACAUAGUAUUUUCUUUUUCUAUAUGAACUGUACAUUAAUAAACAUUUAAAUUACAUACAA